UCCUCGAGCAGCUCCUCGAAACUCGAGUCGGUCCCAGGAGGUAAUGGCGGCCGACAGAUCGUUCUGCGACUUCGUGGAUUUCGUCCUUAGAGCAGAAGAAAUCCUUUACGACCACCAAGAUGAGAGUGUCCCAGUGCCGCGGCGUCGUUUGAGGGACCGGCUGAACCCUCUGGAGGUGUUCAACGACCGCGAAUUUCUCGCGCGCUACCGCUUCACCAAAGCGACAGUGGCAAGCCUCCUGGAGUCCCUGUCGCUAGAGGAGUGCGCGAGCAAUCGCGGUCUGCCGGUCCCUCCAAUGCUUCAGCUUCUCAUCGCGCUGAGAUUCUACGGCGCUGGGACAUUCCAGGUCGUCACCGGCGACCUCGUCGCCGUGUCGCAGCCGACAGUGUGUCGGGUUGUCGAGCGGGUGUCGCGACUCAUCGCCGGCACCCUGUUCCGACGACUCGUGAAGUUCCCCAGCACCGCGACGGACUUCGAUCGCGUGAUGCUAGAGUUUUAUGCUCUGAAGAAGUUUCCCGGAGUGACUGGGUGCAUUGAUUGUACUCACGUUAGGAUCAAGGGGCCUGGUGGUCCCGAUGGCGAAGUCUACCGUAACAGAAAAGGGUACUUUUCCAUCAACGUGCAAGCCAUCACGGGACCCCAGCUCCAGUUCUACGACAUCGUGGCCAGCUGGCCAGGCUCCGUGCACGACAGUCGGAUCUUUGACAACAGUCGUGCACGGGUCCUGUACGAGCACCAGCGUGUACCCGGGGUACUGCUGGGAGAUGCAGGCUAUGCCUGCACCACCUACCUCAUGACUCCACUGGCCACUCCAGGGGCAGCCAAAAGUCCAGAGGAAAGGUACCAAAAGGCCCACAUCCGGACCAGGAACUCGGUGGAGCGGGCCUUUGGUGUGUGGAAAAGGCGGUUUCCGUGCCUCGACAUGCGGUUGCAGCACAAGCCUGAACGGUCAGCCGUGAUAAUCACGGCUUGUGCUGCACUGCACAACUUGGCCCGCCUGCGGAAUGAGCCGUGUCCCCCACCUAUGCCCACUCCACCAGUUCCCCCUCAACGACGUCGGAGGCAGCCCCACCUGCCACAGACUCCGGACCCCGUGGACACCAUCAACGGGGCAUGGAAACGGGCACAGAUUAUUUCUAGGAGUUUUACAUACUAGGCGCAUUGUGAAAACAACAGCAAUGUAGCCAGAAUUUUGUUAGU